UGCUGAGAAAAGAACAGGCAGGCGGAGCAGCGUACGGGCUGCGUGCAAACGGGCGAGCGGAAGUACUCUCUCUCUCUCUCUCUCUCGCUCUCACACACAUAUCAGCCGUGUUGUGAGUGAAGACGUCCCAGAAAGGAAAUAGGUGUUCAACUUGGAUGGGGAAGAGCUAAAAGAGACUGAUGAAUGCGGCAUUGGAGACCUGCAAUCGGUGCAGGGACGUGGACAGACUGAUUGGUCUUCAUGACCAGAUGAUAGAUCCCAGCAGUUGUGGUGUGGAUAAGCUGCAAGAUGGUGUUUCGCGCAUGAGCAGCAAGACAGUUUGGCUGAAGUGCAGUUAACCGGCAAGGUUUGUUUUGAUGAAACAUGAUCGUGGUGUGAGCGUUUUCUUCGACAGCCAUGUUGCGGUGCGAGCGCUUUGUUGACACCCGCAGCAACAUUUUCCCUGGCCACCAUACUUGCCGUAAUGACCAGCUAUGGCGAUCCCUCGGCAAGGGCAGGAAGAGCAAGCGGAUGCCUGCCAGGGAUGGCAAAUCUGGAAGCUGGGAGGAUAGAAAUACAUGGUUGGACUUUGGAUUGGCGAUCUGCAUGACAGCAGCUACCUUGGGCGAAGAUAAUUGUGAUCGGCGGCCAGAAUCUUUUCCAUUAAGGCCUCAUAGUGUGCGUCACAGGCCUUCACGUGAAACAGUCGCAUCUGCUGCUGCUGCUACUGCCAGUAGCUCUCAUGUGGUGGGUGAUCAGGAAGGCAAAGGAGGGAGGGUUGAGAGGAGCGGGGGGCAAAAAGGAGCGCAAGUGGGAAAGACAAGGCGCGGGAUUGGACCGUGGCAAAAGGACAGCUCAUGGCGGUUCUGGCCGAAGGGCGUUGUCUUCAAAGGGCCGCUGUUGACGAAUCGUAUUGUGGAGCUGGGAAAACGACGCCAGCUGGAUCAGGUUUUCUCUACGUUGGAGGAGGCCAAACAGAAUGGGAAAGAACUAAACACGAUUGUGAUGAAUGCUGCACUGGAGGCCUGCAUUCAGUGUGGCGAUGUGGACAGUGCAAUUGGUCUCUAUGAGGAGAUGAUAGGUCCCAAUGGCUGUGGUGCUGAUACAGUCACCUAUGGGACGCUUCUGAAGGGCCUUGGGGAAGCUGGCCGACUGGAUGAUGCAUUUGAGCUCCUGGAACUUAUGGAAGCAGGCAAUGCUCCUGGACAGCCACAAGUGACGGACAUGCACUUGCGCACACUCAUGAAUGCAUGUGCAGAAGCUGGUGACAUCCUCCGUGCGCGAGGCGUCCUGGAUCGCCAUCAACCAAACACAAUGAGCUACAAUAUGUUAAUAAAGGGAUAUGCUCGAUCAGACAACCCAUUGGAGGCGUUGGUACUAAGGAAGGAGAUGCGAGCCCUCGGCCUUCCAUUUCAGCGACUCACCUACAACUCGCUCAUUCUUGCCUGUGUAUCUGGAGGGGAUAUUCUCUGUGCCUUCCAUCUACUCAAGGAAAUGAAGGUGGAUGCAUACUUAACAAGGAAUGGAAGAUUGCUGCCAGAUGUCAUCACUUACACAACUCUUCUCAAGGGUGUGGGGAGGAAAGGCAGUGUGGAAGAAUUGAAAGCGCUUGUGGAUGAGAUGAAGACGGCACCACGAGUCAUUUUGGACCGAGUUGCUUACUCAGCAAUUGUCGAUGCAUUUAUUCAAGUGGGUUCCCCAAAAGAAGCGUUGAAAAUUAUGACUGAGAUGGAGGAGAAAGCAAAGGAGGACCCACAGCUGCGGCCACGUGUGCAUGUGUUCCUUGCUGUGAUGAGGGGAUUUGCUGAAAAGGGCGAUGUCGAUCAAGUCAGAGCACUACAGGCCAGGAUGCCAAGAGAUGCAGGCGGUCGUGUCUGGCCAGAGCACCGAGCAGAAGCAGACGAGCUGUUGGCAGAGGCAGCACUUGUCAAAGGCCAGGCUGGGGUCGCUAGGAAGAUUCUGAAGACCAUGCCAGGACUUCGACUUGGCAUAAAUCUCACUCCCAGAGCUCAUCAGGUGCUGGCGAAGCUACAGGCAGUGUCUCCAAAUACAAUGGACGACAUGUUCCGGCCUCUGAUCUUCCGUAAAGAGGUGUCGCCCGAUGUGCCGGUAGAGAAGGCAAUGAUCUCAAUUAAACAAUUACGACCUGUACCUGCUAACUUGCAGGUGUCAGAUGUGGCAACACGAUUCUGGAAGAGCUCAGUGAUACCUGUUGUUGAUGAUGAUGGAAAGUGUGUUGGCGCAGUAUAUGCAGAAGACUGUGUUGAGAUGAAGGCGAUACUUUCAAGCGUUAUGCGACCUGUUCCUCCGCCUGUUCAGGCUGGAGCACCACUGAUGACAGCAGUUACACUAUUACUACGACAUCAAUCGGAGAUUGCUGUGGUGGAGUCACCUGUGGGCACUUUGGUAGCCUCCGAUGCCACAGCCGAUUGCGCUCAGCAGAGGAUGAUAGCUGCCCCACCCCCACAGGCAUCCGCGGGUACAAACGGGAGCGGCACUGCUGUUCACAGUGCCUUCAGUUACCCCAUUGCAGUUCAAGCCGAUGCAGGAAAGGGCGAAGAGGGAGGUGGUUGUGCUACUUACGGCAGGAAAAUGUCUGAGAGCAAGGUGGACUUGAGUAGCGGUCAUCUCAACAAGGACACGCUAGGGGGAAACAACCACCCCUCUAUGGGAAAUCCCAGCAGCACCACCGGUGUGUGCCUCCCUCCUGAUCACAACCAAGCAAAUGAGACGAAGCUCGUCGGUUUUGUUACCCGUGAGACUGUGUUUGAUUUUGGAGAUCGUUGCCGUCAUCUGGCCCUCUCACUCGUCCCACUUUUGUCCGUUGUCAGAACACAAUAAUUAUUAUUGCAAAUGCAGGUGAAAAGAAAGAGGUACCAACGGGUCUAGCUCAGUUGGUACACCCGUGAACUGUUGAAACACACACUCAAGUUUGAAUCCAGAUACAAUCAAAUGACCAGAAUAAAAUCAAUCUGGAUUGCAUAGGCCUGGUCAGUUCUAUAGUGAUAUAUAUCCCAAGGCCAUCGCCCUUCUUAAAAAAAAAAAUAAUAAUAAAAAAAAAAAUAAAAAAAAAGGAUAGAGGUUCUGGGAUAGGAACACAGUCCUGGGCAUUGGACGGGACAGGGACUCCAGGAGACACAAGGGUCGUCUUGUGACCGGGGAACGAAAAAAACAGAGGGACUGGCUGGCCUCUACACAAGGAACAGAGGUCUCCAGAUUGGUUGGAGUUGCUCUCUGCCACAACUGCACUACGUUCCAUCAAAUCAUCACCUCUACUUCUUAUGACCGCCCAGAUUACCAAGAGGCGCACCCGCUUUCCAGUAGGUGCUUUGGGUUAGCGAUCAGCAGACGCCUGCUUUCGCCAAUCUUUUAAUCCUGCGGACGGGCAGGUAAAGGAACGGGGCCAGGGAGAGAGACAGGGCCUUGAGGCAGGAACACAUGCUGGGGAAAUAUAAAGAGACGCUGGAUAGGAAGGGUGCACGGACCUGGACAUGAACAGGGCUCCGCAUUACGGACGGGGAGGUAAACCUGCACAUUAGCACCAGAUAGGGGACCUGUCCAGGGACCUCGACAAGAACCUGUUCUGUAUUGUGAAAGUCGGAAAGGUGCGUGUGGUUGACCGGCCGUGGAACAUGCAUGUGAACCUGGAACAGGAAAUGUGUGCCUCGAAGACGUGCACAGGAAUGGUUUAGGUCCUGGAACAUGCAUGUGAACCUCGAACAGGAAAUGUGUGCCUCGAAGAAGUGCACAGGAAUGGUCUAGGUCCUGGAACACAGGUGUGUUGUCGUUGGAUAGAGAACCUGCCCAGGGAACCUUGGUAGUUGGUAGGUCCAGGACCACAAGUGUGCUGGAAAGAGAACCUGCCUACUGUGGUGGAUCAAGCGUCACAGGAAGCAAGGGGGGGAGGUUGGAAACAGGGGAAGUCUUAGAGGCUGCGGCGAACAAUAGCAAGAGGUCUGGGGCCAGGUCUGCGAAAUGAGUACUGGGAACAUAGAGGCUGCUGUGAACAAUAGCAAGAGGGGGAGGUUGGAAACAGGGGAAGUCUUAGGCCCGAGAAAGCCAAGGAAAUAACUCAAUCCAAAGAGGCAGGAGGUGGUACUCAGAGGAUGAAGGUGGUCUUGGAACCCAAGAGAUGUAAGCAGGUGGAAACUAGACAAUACAUGGCACUUGGACAGUCAUGCAAAGUGUGGCAGCACCUGCGGGAUGUGCCUGCAAAAACGAGGCAGAUGCGGUGGGUGGGCAAGAGGGUGCAGACAAUUGUCAUAGAUAAAUUAAAAACGCGUGU